CGAUAAACGUCAAACUCGGGACCAGCCAAAACAGUCUCGGUUUUGAAAUUUCCGAAAUUUCAUUAGUCGCUAGCAAAAUCUCCCUUGUUCGGAUGUAGAAGAACCCAUAAACAGUGUCUUGAAGAUGUCCUUCAAGCUGGAUUCCCGGUGGAGCAAGCGGGGUAUCAAAAAAUGUCCCAAGUGUGGUACCUUCAACGGCCAUCGAGCAGCUCAGUGCAAGAAUAAGCAGUGUGGAACGGUACUGAAGGGAGGAGGCACACCAUCAGCUAGUGACAAUGGGAAGAUAGUGCUAAAAAGUGACCAACUUUUGGCGGUGCAACUGCAAACCGAACUGGAAGAUCAAACUGCGAAGCUGUACAGUAUCCGGCGGUUGGACGGCAGCAAACAGGAUCGCGGCUUUGUGGAAAUAAGAGAUUGCGUAGAAGGAGCGGACGAACAACUAGAACUUAAGACUGGUAUUUGCUACGUGGACUGUGAACCUCACACGGAUAUUGACGGAACAUGUCAGCAUGUGCGGGUGGCUGCUGCCACCGGGGAGCUGGCGGAAGGUCUUACGAUUGACAGGGAAGUACUGGAGAGAAUAAACGCCACGGAUAUGGAGAAACAGGAAAUAUGGAAGCAACAGAUGGGUUCCGGUGCGGAUGAUCCUUUGGUUCAAAGGGUUUCGCAUGAUACGUUCGUGGUCAAAUGCUACGAUGAUCUACAUCAGCUGGUUCCGUACUGCCAUGUGGAGUUGAAGACACCUUCUAGCAUCACCUGCGACUGCCAAUGUCUUGAUCGGAACCAUAAAAAAAUGGUUGCAGCCGCGGUUCUGAGCAGCCCGAAGUAUAAAUCGGAAUACGAGAGUAUAGUCGGGCAUCUGCUGCUUACGUCGGAUCAACUUUCCGAUGGCGCGAUAACAAUGCGAACAAACUUGGUUCUGCUGCCAAAUGACUUCGUUUCGGAUUGUUCCCCUGCGUUACAGUCUACGGAACAAUUCCUCGUCACCACCGUCGAUGAAUCGUCCUUAGCUUUGGCAAACACGGAUAUGCAGCUCAUUAACUGCCGGCUUGCAUUCGAAACAGAUCUCGCAGCGCCAGAUUAUGGCGAUCUCUGCAAAGAAGAGAGCAUUUCCGGCUCGCCCGUGAUUGAACUAGUAAAUAGCACGGAACGCGGUAUUUCACCCGUGGAAGCUUUUUCGUCAAGCUAUGCCGAAAACCUCCAGCUAAUGGACUGCCAAAUAGAACUGAUGGAUCAGUUCAGCCUGACGGAUCAGAUUGAUUUCUGUCCUUCGGACAUCGAACUCAGCGACGAUAAUGUGGUGUUUCCGGCUGACGAGGAACUUGGUUUGGUCGUUGAACCAUCUGCGAGUGUUAGUUCCGAAGUACCGGAUUCGGAAACGAAGAAAAUCACGAAAAAGAAGGCUGUGAAGUUGUUGGAGGUUACCACGAAGAAGGCUGCUCUGAGACAAUCAAGCAGAAUCGACAAAGAGAAAAUGAAGAGGGGAAGCUACAACGUGCGGAGGUUAAUGAGAGUUCUGGAAUCGAACGGGGUGGUGUUCAAUAGACUGAGCAAAGUUGAGGCAAGCUCCAUGAUCGCAAUUCAUUCCGGGCUGGACAAUGAUGGGAACGGCAUCAACAGAAAUGGUUCUCUGCCUUCGUUUGAAGCGACGUUGUGCAAUUUGUCCUUUACGAUUUGGUUGGAAUCUGUGAUAGAACAGCUCAAUUCUGUGAUACAAUACGGCGGAGAUGGCAAACCUGAAGCGCAAGUUUUCAGCAUUCAUGAG